GCCUGUCCCCACUUCUCCAUUUCUUUCACUGGGUAGAAGACUUCCAGUCAAAGAGGGGGGCAAACAAGACUUGCUGUGCACUCUCUUCGAGAGGGGAAGAGUGCAACAAGGUGGGAUUCUGUCUUCCUAACGUCCUUUAACCUUGGUGUUAUCAGCCCAGGGGAAUUUGCAGUGGCCCCUCCACACUAAGAGGAUACACCGUGCCUCCUGCUGGGCUCAUCCACACUCUUUGGAGAUACUGGAAACAUGGCACAGAUUCAGAAAAAAACCUCAACUAUGUCCCUAACUAUAUCAUCAUGCUCCCGUGACACAUCCUCCUCCUCCUCAUCUUCAUCAUCAUCAUCAUCUUCUGCUACAAUACAGCAGAGGCACUCAAGUUUAGUACAGCCUGUCUGCAUUAGUCCUCAAAUGGUUCAGAACACAAACCAGGGUUCAGGGAAUCCCGGAGUGUCUCCAACUUUUGUCAAGUGUCUUCAUGACGUGAGUACAGUGAAGGGGCAGCUGGUGGUCCUGGAGUGCAGGAUCAGAGGAGCUCCUCCGCUGCAGAUCUCCUGGUUCAGAGAGAACGAGCAGAUCAUCGACUCGGCAGACUUCCGGAUUCUUAGAAAGAAGGCAAGUUCAGCUUCUGUUCCUGAGGAAUUGUGCACCCUCGUGAUCACAGAGGCGUAUCCAGAAGAUUCUGGAAUAUUUAAAUGCACAGCAUCAAAUCAGUUUGGAACAGUAACAUGCAGUGCUAUUCUUGAAGUAUAUACAGACCUAGGGGAGGUUUUGGGAGCCGAGGAUGAGCCUUCCUCUCUAAGCUCAGCUGGACUAGAGCCGGAUGACCAGCCCUUGUUACUACAAGACACACUAAUUCCUCCUCCAGAAUGGCCUGACAGCUCUGAGGAAGAGACUGCUGCCCCUGUAGCACG